CGAAGAUUGACCUUGGAGGAAAGUGGCCCUCGGGCUGGAAUAGACGCUACUCCCUCUCCCCUGACCCCCGAGGGCUCCCCCGAUCCUCCUCCCACGCCGCCACGCCCUCUUCCCAAUGCACCCGAGGACUACAUUUCCCAGCGCCCUUUGCAGCCCGGUCUGGCCUCGCCCUCGUGGCGCGGCGCUCAGCUGAGAGUCUCCGGCAGGAAGUUCCGCGGCUCCUGCGCCGGGCGCUUCCCCGAGAUGCCUUUGCUGGUCAAUGGGGAGCGGGUCGACUUGUCCCAGCCCACGAGGGAGCUGAUCUACACCUUCCCGGAGCUGGAGGUGAGCUGCGAGCCGGCAGCUGAUUAUAGGGAUUAUUCAUUAAUAGAAGAAAGGGGGGCAGGGCUGAGGGUGUGAGUUGGAGGGUGCGUCCUUAGAUGCAGAUAUUUAAAAUAAAAUGAAAUGUCUUCCGUUUGCUCUGCUCCGGUGCUCUUCGGAGGCUGUGUCUCUGUGCACCGCUUACCUUGGAAAGUAGCGCCAUUGAACUCUAUGGGAGGUUUUUUAAUAGAAACAACAACGCCAGUGCAAUCAUGUGCAUGCUUACUCUGAAGUAAGCCCCAUCGAGUUCAAUGGGAAUGACUCUCAGGUAAGAGUGUGUGUGUGUGCACUUGUGCUUGUAAAGCAGCAUUGCGGGGAUAUUUAGUCCUCCAGAUGUUGAUCGCAGACUUGUAGACUUUGAAGGGACCACCAGGGUCAGCUUCCACAAUCAAGUGGCGAUUAUGGGAGUUGUAGUUCAGCAGCAUCUGGAAAGCUAUAUGUUUUUACACGGUGUUUUUACAUGGUGUAGUAGAGGAUUACAGCCUUACUUUUGAGCAAAUAUGCACUGGGACACAGGUGUUUGGAACGCAAUGCCAGGGUGCAUGGAUGCUCCCCAAAGGUGGUGUCUUCUAGCUUAAAUACAGAGCCAGUGCAGUGCAGUGGUUAGAGGGUCUGGGAGAACUGGGUUCAGUUCCCCACUGAAGCUCACUAGGCGUCCUUACCUCCCAUGGUUGUUUGUGGGGAUUAAACAAUGACGGGAAGAACCAUGUAUGUUACAUGGAGAAAAAAGUAGGAUAUAAAUACAACCAGUCAAAUAUGCUGCACAUUUAAGCGGCCUUUGUUUUGGUGUUAAUGGUGUUAAUGACUUGAGAGCUUGUGACUUUUAAUUUAUUUUGAAUGUCCUGAUGUAAGGUAACUCUCAACUUCUAUUUUGCAUGGGCUGCUUUCAGGCUUUUCUCCAUCAGCCUGCCCUUUUUUUUUAAAAAAAAAAUGCAACCAAAUUUCCCCACCCCUGCUCUUUUUGCAGAUGUUCUUUACAUGCCCUUCUUGUGUCUUCCUCAAACCUUCGCUGAUUUUCUCCCCUGCUCCCUGAAAUACUUGAGAAACAGGUUUUUUCCUAUGUACUUAAUGGGGGCCGCCCACCUUUUGGGGGCCAGACUGGAAUUUUGGAAUGUCUUUUAUAUCUCGCUUACUUGUCACUUUCAUAUUCCUCCAAAGCGCUCAAGAUGGCAUUCAUGGUUUUAUCCUCACAGCAGCCAUAUGAGGUAGGUUAGACUUGAGAUGCAGUGACUGGCCCCAGGUCACCUAGAGAGCGCCAUGGCUGAGUGGGGAUUCAAAUCUUGGUAUCCCAGGUUCCAGUCUGAUGUUCCAACCACUAAACCACAAAAUGGCUACUGUAUGUGUGCGUUUGUGAAAGAGGAGAGAGAUCACAAAAUGGCUGCCACAUCUAAAAUACGGUGUGGGCUUGUUUUCCCUGUCAGUGGGGGAGAAUGCACCCACAUCAGCCAACCUCUUACAGAGAGCAUUUUGUACCUCUGCUCCAUUUGGAAUGGAAGAGGAUGUUCAAUGUUGGUUCAAUUCAUGAUUGGGAAGGUUCCCAAUGUGGGAGAGGCCAAGCUAGGGCAAACAGGAACUGGGCAGGAAAACCAAAGGUCUCUUGUGAACUGUGGAUUUUUUUGAGGGGAUAUUGACUGAGAUCUUUCUUGGCCACCAUAAGAGGUACUGGUGGCAACAUUGGCACCUGCAGGCAGCAUGUCUGUGACCCCUGUUUUGGAAUUUAUUGCAAGCAGCCACUCCACGGAGGAAAAUUCAGCCCAUGCCUGGUUGUCAUCUUGGCCCAUAGGAUGAAGCGGCUGGCUUUUGACGUGUCCUCACAAAAUGGCCCAAUAUUGGUACAUCACCACGGGCUGAACUCUUCCCACCCCAUGUUUGUUACACCCUGGUGUGUUUAUGGGAAUAAAUCCCCUAUGCAGUUCCAAGUGAUUUGUCAUUUGGCCUGGAAGAUUUGCUUUGACAGCUGGAUAGCUCCAUUGGUUAGAGCUUGGUGCUGAUAACACCAAGGCUGCAGGUUCGAUCCCUGUAAGUGACAGCUGCAUAUUCCCUCAUUACACGGGUUUGGACCAGAUGCUCCUUAGGGCCCCUUCCAACUCUUAAGGAAAGCUCUUGGGUUUUCGUUUGCUGAUUUAGGUGCCAGAAAUUAUUUUAUUUAUUUGUAGACCACCUUGUCCCAAAAUAAUGCUUCUGAGUGGUUUGCAAAAGUAUAAAAAAGCAGUUAACACAAAAAAUUAACUACGAACAUCCAUAAUUGCAGCACACAGUCAAAUGUUCCCAUUCAAAUGCAGUAAAAUACAGUGGUGCCCCGCAAGACGAAUGCCUCGGAAGACGAAAAACUCGCAAGACGAAAGGGUUUUGCGGUUUUUGAGGUGCUCGUAAGACGAAUUUCUCUAUGGGCUUGCUUUGCAAGACGGAACGUCUUGCGAGUUUGUUUCCUUUUGAAGCGGGAACUGGGCUGGCAGGGAACGAGCAGGGGAGCGACCUACCUUUUCCAGAGGGAUCCUCUUCUGGAGAGGGCACAGAGGAGGCAGGUGAGCUGGGAUCCAGCGGAUCUGGCUGGGUCUCUGUGCCGCCUCUGCCUCUGCCUCUCUCUCUCUCUCCCUCCCCACGUGGCUGCUCCAUUUUGCUCUAACUGCGCGAAGGCAGGAGGAGGCGGGACAAAGGAGGAGGAGGAGGAGGCAUCCACUGUGCUUGGGCGGCCGCGAAGGCGCCUUUGCGGGGGGUGGGAAGAAGCCGGGAGCAGCUGCAGAGACUGUGGGGAGCCCGGCCGCGGGGCGCAGGGUAGCGGGGGAGCAAGGGAGAGUCCGCGCCGGGCGCUUCGUGCGUCCGCCCUCGGUUCCUGGGCUCAAACUUCCUUUGGCACCUCAUGGAGAGAGAGGGAGAGGAGCGGGCUGGGGCUUUGAUGUGGGACGCGGUUUGGCGGAGCGAAGACACAGCAAGGCUUGGCGACAGAGGAAGGGGGGCUGUUUUCAUGGGGAGGUGGGAGGGGGUGUCUUUGCCUCUUCCCGGCAACAGAUCCUCCAGGCUGGGGAAACUCCUCCUGCUGGGGAGCGACCCGCUGUGUGCUUUGCCCGCUAUCCCAUUAUAAUACAGUACCAGGGUGCAUCCGUGCUUCGCAAGACGAAAAAAUCCGCAAGACGAAGAAACUCGCAGAACGGAUUAAUUUCGUCUUGCGAGGCACCACUGUAGUUAAGAGUCUGGUUGGGAGACCACGGGCAUGCCUGCAUAAACAGGUGCAUCUUCAGCAUUGAGGGCUUCUGAUCUCAGAACAAUUGUGCUAGCUGGGAACCUAAAUACGACUUUGUUUCCCCAUUUUCUACAGGAACAAGCCAAAAUCUUAAGAAGUCAGCCUGCUCAAUCAGUGGGCCCCAAAGGACUUCUCUAUGUCCAGCAGAGAGAAUUUGCAGCUACCACUCCUAAGGAUGGUAGGUUGGCGCUAAGGAAGUUCCAUCCAAAAGUUAAGAAAUAGCCGCCAGGACCUCACUUUUCCUUCUCCUCCUUUUCCCUCAGCUUCUGUCUCUAUUCUCGGAUCCGAUGAUGCAACCACCUGCCAUUUGGUGGUCCUCAGACACACAGGUAUGUCAUUAGGCUCUGGGUUCCUUGCUGCUUUUGAACUAUGCCCCUGGAUUUCGAUGCCUCUGAUUUAUAGGGUUUUUCAGCCAGUACAACAGGUUUUGGCUGAUGACAUCCAAGUAUCUGGGAAGGCAAGAAGCAUUUUAAGAGUUGAGGGACAUGCUUAACCAAGUAUAAACUCUGGGGUGUGGCCCAGGGAGGGCUUUGAGCUCCAGAUAAGCUUGGAGCGCUACAUAUCUGUUGCGCCAGAAGCAGUUUAGUCAUGCUGGCCGCAUGACCUGGAAAGCUGUCUGUGGACAAGCACCAGCUCCCUCGGCCUGAAAGCGAGAUGAGCGCCGCAACCCCAUAGUCACAUUUGACUGGACUUAACCGUCCAGGGGUCCUUUACCUUUUUAUCUUUUAAAUACAGGUACCUUGAACCUGAUAACGUACGGGCAGCAAUUGCUGACUGUAGUUGCCAUUGUCUGGAACAUGCAAACCAUCCAUACUGUAUUUUUGUUUCCCUCAGGCAGCGGGGCUAUCUGUUUGACUCACUGCGAUGGAUCAGAUACGGAGACAGAAGUUUUGUUAAUCACAAAUGCAGUGAAAGUGCUUUCUCCUAACACGGAAUGUGGAAGGUCAGCUUUUCUCUUUAACUGUUGGUGGCUGUCAAGCAAACUGGAAAAGGGCAGAUGAUCAACUAACAGUUAAUUUACUUAAUAUGGAUAUUUUAUUUAUAUUUAAUACCCCAACCUUUUUCUCCAAGGCGCUAAAGGUGGCAUACAUGGGUCUCCCCCACUUCCUCAUUUAAUCCCCACAACAACCCUGUGAGGUAGGUUAGGCUGAGAGGCCAUGACUGGCGCAAGGUCAGCCACUGAGCUUCAUGGCCAAGUGGGCAUUUGAACCCUCGUCUAGCCACUGUAACCACUAGGCCACACUGCCCCUCCAAACUCUUCAGAUAUGUAUGCCUUUUUGACAGUGUUUAAGGAAAUUUGAGAUGAAAUAAACUGUGAUAAGUUUGUUACCACUCAAUAAUAAGUGGGGAGGGGACGGACAGACAGACGACAGAAACCUGUAAUAAUUUAUUUUACAUUCCCAGUGUGAUGUAGUGGUUAAGAGCAGUAGACUCGUAAUCUGGUGAACUGGGUUCGCCUCCACUCCUCCACAUGCAGCUGCUGGGUGACCUUGGGCCAGUCACACUUCUCUGAAGUCUCUCAGCCUCACUCACCUCACAGAGUGUUUGUUGUGGGGGAGGAAGGGAAAGGAGAAUGUUAGCCGCUUUGAGACUCCUUCAGGUAGUGAUAAAGCGGGAUAUCAAAUCCAAACUCUUCUUCUUCUUCUUCUUCCUCCUAUUGUAUCAAUUCACCACAAUCAAGAUAAGAGUAAAAGUGAAUAAAUGAAUAAAUAAAGCGCUUGAUAAAUUUCAGUGGAUCCCACUCAACUAAGGCUUUAGUCGAUUAAUCUGCCUGUGAUAACAGGUUAUAUCUCCAGCUUCCAUCCUUGUUGUUAGGUUGGAAGUACACCUGAUUGGAGGAUUCAGCGAUGACAGGCACUUAUCUCAGCGACUUACCAAUCAGCUCCUGAGUAAGUUUGCAUUCCUACUCCCUCUGUCAAAGUUUAGAAUUCCGACUGGGUGCAGGUAAAGCUUGCAGAGCUUGUGAGAGGUUUACGCUGUUGGGGAUAGCAAGGGCUCACACCAAAUCCUGCAUGUAGGUCCUCCAUGGGGAGGGACAAAGAGGAAUGAAUGGCACUUAAGCCCUGCCCACUGGGAAUGCUGCUCAACCUCUGCUGUGCCACAGAGACUGGAUUCAGACAUUGCAUCAAGCGGUGGAAGGACGUUUAAGUGUGGCCUGGCGUGAUGACUGAGCUGGCAAACCACGGUUUCUGAUGAGUUGGCAAACUAGAAUCUGACAGCACAGUUUCCAGGGGGUUGGCAAACCAUGGUUUGGGGCCUUUUUAUUUUUGCUACAGUGGUUUGGCAUGAUGCCCGAGUAGACACCUUAGAGCAGCCUUUCUCAGCCAUGGGCUCCCAGGUGAUCUUGAACUACAACUCCAUCAUCCCUGAUCACUGGCUAUGCUGGCUAGGCCAGCAACAUCUGGGGACUCAAGGUUGAGAAGGACUGCCCUAGAGUUAUGAGCCUUAUGAGAGUUACGAGCCAGCUUGAUAUGGCUCUGAGGCCACAGGAAUUCCCCUUUCAAUCAAGGUUUAAGCCAGGGGUCAGCAAACUUUUUCACUGUCCCUCAGACCUUGUGGGGGGCUGGACUAUAUUUUUUUUUGGGAGGGGGAAAUGAAUGAAUUCCUAUACCCCACAAAUAACCCAGAGAUGCAUUUUGAAUAAAAGCACACAUUCUACUCAUGUAAAAACACACUGAUUCCCAUACCGUCCGCAGGCCGGAUUUAAAAGGCGAAUGGGCCGGAUCCAGCCCCCAGGCCUUAGUUUGCCUACCCAUGGUUUAAGCCCUGUUUGCACCAAUUCCCAGAGUCUCCUUGUAAGAGGGAUUGAUUGUUAAACCACUCUGAGAAUUGUAGGUCUGUGAGGGAAUAGGGGUCUCGGAACAAUUUUUGGCACCCUUAACAAGCUAUAGUUCCCAGAGUUCUUUGGGGAAACCGUGACUGCUUAAAGUAGAACGAAUUGGUUAUUAGCAUGGCUUGGAGUCAACCAGCUCCCACUCAGGAUACCUGCUGAAAUUAAUAGGCACCUGUCAUGUCCAUUAAUUUCAGUGGGUCUACUUUGCAUGGGACUAAUGUAGGAUUUUUAUCCAAUGUUGCCUUUUUUCUUUUUUAAAAAAGAACUCUUUCUAUGUAGCCUGGAAAUAUCUCAUUCUGUUGGGCAGGUCUCACACUUUCCCCUCUUGUUAUUCCUAGGAGCGUUUGACCGCUUGCAGGAUAAUGUCCAUUUAGUGACCUUCUGCGUGACAGGUAACUGUUUCAAAUGGGCGACUUUCCUCUGCUCCCCAUCUUCUCAGCUACCUGGCCUAAGGUGUUCUUGCCACAUCAGCACCGUACGUUUAAAGCACCGUGAUGCCACUUUUAAACAGUUGUGUCUUCCCCCAAAGAAACCUGGGAAAUGUAGUUUGCUAAGAGUGCUGAGAGUUGUGUGGAGACCCUUAUUCCCCUCACAGAGCUACAGAGUUCCCUAGGAAGAGCAAUCAAUUGAUUUUUUGAUUGAUUGAAAAACCACUCUGGCAAUUGUAGCUCUGUGAGAGAAUAAGGUUUUCCUAACUCUUGGCACCCUUAGCAAACUUCAGUUCCCAGGAUCCUUUGGGAAAAGCUGUUCCUGCUAAAGCAGUACUGUAAAGGUAAAGGGACCCCUGACCAUUAGGUCCAGUCGUGACCGACUCUGGGGUUGCGGCGCUCAUCUCGCUUUAUUGGCCGAGGGAGCCGGCGUACAGCUUCCAGGUCAUGUGGCCAGCAUGACUAAGCCGCUUCUGGCAAACCAGAGCAGCGCACGGAAACACCGUUUACCUUCCCGCCAGAGCGGUACCUAUUGAUCUACUUGCACUUUGACGUGCUUUUGAACUGCUAGGUUGGCAGGAGCAGGGACCGAACAACGGGAGCUCGCCCCAUCGCAGGGAUUUGAACCGCCGACCUUCUGAUUGGCAAGUCCUAGGCUCUGUGGUUUAACCCACAGUGCCACCCGCCUCCCUAAAGCAGUACUGUAUCAUGCUUUAAAUGUAUGGUAUACAUAUGGCAACUAUAGCCAUAUGUAACAAUGCAUGCUGAUGUCAGAUCCCAGUCCUUGUUCUGGAGAAGGAUUUCUGUAUUUUAUUUUUGUGUUUCUUUGACUUUCAGGUCGCCUUGCAGGGAGACUAUCCUUAAAAGUAGCAUCUCCCAACCCCAGACUGAUGUCACAAAUUUGAAUGAAUAUUUGAUGAGUCCUAUAUUUGUUUAUACCUGGCAGGGACUUGUAUCUCAGUUUCUUCCCAAGCUCGAUGUUGAUUUUUUUAAAAACGUGCCCUCUUCCGUGGAAGAAUUAGAGGUUUUAUUGUUAUAUCUCUCCUUCCCUCUCUCCUUCUCUCUUUUAAAUAACAGAAUUAAAUGACCGUCAAGAGAAAGGCAAACAUUUGCCAUUCAUUUAUGGAAUUGGUGAGUAACAUUCACAUUUGGUGUCAAUUUAUCAAGCUGGCUACAAACGAUGCAGAUGGUUUAAUGAGAGGUUCACACACUCUGCCUUUUGAAAUCGCCAGGGUUUUGUUUUGGUUUUUUACUAAAGGAGAAGAUCCUAUUCCGGUAGAUAUAUUGUCUGCUUUCACCAGAUCAGAAAUUUAAACUUUUCCCGGACUUCUAAUUUUAUGCCAAGUUCAGAUGUUUUGUAAAACCAUGGUUUCCUUUUGUAUCAAUAAGGCUGCCCAACCCAUGGUUCUUCCAUGCAUUUUCCUCUGCUCUCUUAGGUGCCAGAGAAGUAGGAGAUACAAAACAUUUGCCUUUAAACUAACAGCCCUACAUAUAAUGCAUUGCAGUAAUCUAACCUAGAGGUUACCAGAGCAUAGAUGACAGAUGUUAGGCUAUCUUUGUCCAGUUUGGGGCGCAACUGGGCUACCAGCCAAAGCUGAUAGAAGGCACUCAGCAUUGCUGAGGCCACCUGAACUUCAAGCAAUAGCAAAGGAUCCAAGAGUACCCCUAAGAGGUGUAUCCACUCCUUCAGAGGGAGUGUAACCCCAACAAGAGCAGGCAACCUCCCAGCCAUCCAGUCUAGGGAACCACCCACUAACAGUGCCUCAGCCUUAACUGGAUUGAGCUUCAGUUUGCUGGCUCUCAUCCAGUUUGUUAUCAAGGCAAGUCCAGCACUCCCACUGCCUCACCUGCAGAUGUAAAGGAGAAGUAGAGCUGAGUGUCGUCAGCUUAUCGCUGACAGUGGACUCCAAACCUUUGAGUAACAAUGCUCAGUGGUUUCAUGGAGAUGUUCAGCAGCACAGGGAAUAAAACUGAACCCAGAUGAACCCCACAUUGAAGGCUCCAUAGGGCCAAACAGUCCAUCCAAGUAGAAUUGGAACCACCACAAAGCAGUGCCCUACCCACCCCUAACUUGGACAACCGCUCCAGAAUGAUUUCAUGGUCGAUGGUAUUGAAAGCUACUGAGAGGUUGAGGAGAAUUAACAGGGACACAUUUCCCCUAUCUGUCUCCUGGCAGAUAUCAUACAGGCUGACCAAAGCGGUUUCUUUGCCCAAACAGGGCUUAAACUUUGAUUGAAAUGGAUCUAGAACAGCCUUUCUCAACCUGUGGGUCCCCAGAUGUUGAACUGCAACUCCCAUCACCCCUAGCUAGCAAGGCCAGAGCUCAGGGAUGAUGGGAGUUGUAGUCCAACAACAUCUGGGGACCCACAGGUUGAGAACCGCUGAUCUAGAAGGUAAAGUUCCUCUUAAAGUAUACCCAUUGAAAUUAAAAGACAUAAGCUGCUAGUGUCUAUUACUUUCAGUGGAACUACUCUGAGCAUGAUUGCAAUGGGAUACAGAAUCAUAUGAGUUCACAGGUACUUAAAAUAUCUAGUCAAACCCACAACUGAUGCACGAGAUCAAUGGUGUAUUGCAUCUCUGCCAGGCGACCUCUAAUGAAAGCUCUAAUCAAGGAUCACCCACCACUUUCCAAGGCCACCUGUUCCACGGCUGAGCAGUGUACCAUUAGGAAGCUGAUGCUAAUGUUUAAUCUGGAUCUCAUUUCAUGUAAUUUUAACUUGUGGGCUUUAGCUCCAUCCUAAGAGUUUGGAGCAACAGGGAGCAAAUUUGCCCCUGCCCUCUGUGUGACAGCCUUUCCAUGUGAUCCGAUGUUGCUUUUCCAGCUGCGAAUGUUAAAACGGGAGAGAUUUUCCACGCAACGUUUCCAGACAAGGGGCCCGAUGUGGAUCUGCGGUCUGCCAGUAUCUUAACGGGAGCCAAGGUAAGAAGACCCGUGUUUCAGUUUUUGGGAGAUUAGAAAAUGUAAUUGUGAGACGUAACUUCUUGUGGCAUUUGCCUGCCUUGCGUCACAGGCGUUUCUGAAGCUGGUGCUCAGUUUGCAGUACAGACUGUAGGAGUUUUAAAUCAGAAUCCCAAACACCAUUAAUUCAUUACAGUGGAUGCUCAGGUUGCGAACGUGAUCCGUGCAGGAGGCAUGUUCGCAACCUGCAGCGUCUGUGCAUGUGCGGGUUGCGAUUUGGCGCUUCUGCUCAUGUGUAAAGCAUGACUGCCGGAACCCAGAAGUAACCCGUUCCGGUACUUCAUUCUUUUGGCGGGUCCAUAACCCAAAAAAACGCAACCUGAAGCAUCUGUAACUCAAGGUAUAACCCAAGGUAUUUUUAGCAUGGGCAAACACAGGAAUUAUGUGUGUGUGUGUGUGUGUGUGUGUGUGCGCGUGCAUGUGCAAAGCCUCCAGAUAAAUACAUACAUGACUCCUGCUGCCUUUUCAUUUUGGGGCAUUAACACGCUGUUCUGAAAUUGCUGUUUUGUAGAUGGUUAACGUUUAUGACUCGAGAAAGGAGCAACUCUGCAUUGGCCCUUACUUUUGGAUGCCUUUCCCCCAUGUGGAUUUCUGGCUAGCCCAGGAUGAUCAACACAUCUUGCAGGUAACUGGUCCUCAUGAACAAGAUGGUGGCGGGAUCCCAACGAAAUGCUCAUAGAAACUCGGGCUGCUUUCGUUUCUGAAGAUUAAGCAGUUUCACGCCCCUUAUUUGUUAAAUGUAUUUACCACCUUUCCUCCUGGGAAAGAUGGCAAAUGGCUUUAUGUGAGGUUGUCCCCUCCCUUUCAAAAACAGAACGAAACAAACAAAAUACUGCAUUUGUUACCCAAAGGUCUCCCAAGUGAGACCUUUAUAUUUAUAUUAAUAUAUUAUAACAUAAAAACAAAACAACAGCUGCAGGAAGCUCUGACAGCGCAGCAAAAACAAAACAUGAUCUCAGUCUAGACUCUAGAAAGAGGCCUGAGGGGAAAGGCAAGGACAGAAAGUGGUUGGCAAAGGUGCCAGGCAGACCUUGCUGGGGACAACAUUCCUCAGAUGGGGAGCCACAAUUGAAAGGCCCUCUCUUGUCACUUUGCUGAAUAUCUGGAGAAAGGCCUUAGAAGUUCUGGGUAGGUUUAUAAUCAGGAGAGGUGCUUCAGAGUAUAUUGGGGUAUAAGCUGUAAGCUUUAUAGGUGAAAACCUAUAGGAAUUUAAUAAUAAUGAAUAAAACUACUACUUUGAAUUGGGCUCAGAAAGCAUACAGCCACUGUAGCUGUAACAAAAUGGGUGUUGCAUGAUCUGUUUGAAUUAAGCCUGUCAAAAGUCAGGGAGCUGACUUUCUGUUCUAGGUGAAGCUUCUGAACCAUUUUCAAAGGCAUCCCCACAUAAAGCACUUUACCCUGACAAUGCAACAACCCUGUGUGCAAGUUAGAUUAAGUGUGUGUAACUGGUCCAAGGUCACCUUGUGAGUUUCAUGACCAAAUGGAGAUUUUGUACCUAGGUCACUCCAGCCCUAGUCUGACAUUCUAACCCAUGGAUAGGGAUCUCCAGGCCUUUCUUAUGCUGAUGGGAUUGCCUUGGAGGUGGGGGGGACGGGGGACAGGUAGAAGUAGCGACAAAGGUGUAUUUUAACUCUGCAAUUUGUUUUCCAGAAUCUCUCGACGUCGCCUCUGGCUGAACCGCCUCACUUCGUUUCCCACAUUAGAGCGACUCUGAUGUACUUAAAAGAGCAUCCCUUUCCAGAUAAGACACUGUUUCCUAGCAGAAAACCUUGGAUAUACAGGAAAAACGAGAGUGGCCUAUGGGAGAAGGUCUCUUCCGACCAGAUGUGACUUUUGAAAGAGUCCGAGUGAGACUCCGAAGGUGUGAAUUGUGCCAAAGGAGGAACAGCCAUUCCGGAUGGCAGAGACUGCACUUGACUUCAAUGAAUAGCUCCCCCCCCCCCCGCCGCCUUUUGCUAAAAUGAAACAAGACUGUGGAAGCCGACCCUGUUUGCACAGCGGCAUAGCCUCAAAAAGUUCUCAAAGACUCAAAUAAUAACAAAGAUACGUGAGGUUUCUAUAUUUUUACUGGAUGAGAUUCUGUCUGUGUGGGGCUCAAGGUAUAAAGCAGGCCUCCCUGUCACACCACUGAGGAGGGUGCAAUAUCCUUCAGACACGUACAUCCUUCCCAAGUUCCGGGGUGCUGUUUGGAUUUGUGGGAGCUCCGAGCCAAGAGUCCUCUGUCAUGAGCCCCGAGCCACAAUUGGCAGGCUUGCAGUGCUGUGUAUAGCAUUGUAAUUCUGGGUCCAGCCCUCAUUUUUUAAGUCCCACCCCCCACUUUCGUGUUGUUCUGGGGUAUUGCCAAAAAUUAAAAGGCCAGCUUGAGCCAGUUGCCCAGUGUUUCCCCCCCUUAAUAGCUUUAUUUGAAACAGGUGGAUUGCAGCUAGUAUAGAACAUCUCUGGAUUAUUUGUGGCAAUCUCUGGAGCAGUUUGCAUGCAAGGAACUCACUGCAUAGCUAUCUGCGGAAGGAACUGGAGUCCAAAGCAAAGUUAUGGCCUUAAGGGGAAAGAUCUCAAAUGGAUGCUCAGAAAAGCAAUCUGCACUUACCCGAGGGAAGUAAAUUGUACACAGGAAAAAGGUAACAUGCUUUUGCCAACACAGUGAUUGGCAGGUGUCUUUACAGGGAUGUGUAACUUUUGGCCCUGCAGACUCCAACUCCCAUCAACUCCAACCAGCAUGGCCAGUGGUCAGGGAUGAUGAGAGUUGCCAAUCCCAUAGAUAUGAAUGGGAAACCCUUUUCGGGGUAGCGGGAAGAUAGACAUGCGCCUGAGCAUGAAAGUUUAUUUUCCUCUUGAACUGCUUACAUGUGAAAACCUUGACACAAACUCAGAUACUAACAAGUUGAAGAACCUUUAUUGAAGCAUUUGGGAAGUAUCUAAAUUAGGUCUGUAUCCCAGCAAAACUGCUGGCUUAACAAUAUAAAAACAUUAAAAUUUGUAUUAACGAUUAUAACUUCAACCCAUUUCUCCUCAGUGAACCCCAAGUUAAUAUUCAUUUUACCAAAUAAAAUGCCAAGGAAGACGAGAAUUUGUACUUUAAAAACAAAACAAAACACCCCAGUUCUUAUUUAAACAAAGCAAAUCUAUUAAGGUUGUCUGUUUUUUAAGGAUUCCCAGUUCCUUAGAGUAAAGAAUGAAUCAACAGUACACUUAAGAGUAGUCCUCAUCACACACCAAGGCAAUGCCCAAUGCAUUUUGCUCAUCAAAAUCCACUAGCAAAGAAAAUACUUUGAAGGAUAUUACAAGCCUGUUGUCAGAAAAGUUUGCUUCCUUGGGCCAAGGACCAAACCAGAUAUUGCAACUCUCAUUCCCUCACACCAUCUACCUUCUCUAAGCCUGACACACACAACUGACUGCUAAUGUAACUUGGACCACCAUGACUAUAAGUUACUAUCUUUAUAGCAGGGUGGGAAAUUAUAUGCAUUUUGCCUUUAGUCUGACCUUCAGCUUAUAUGUACUUUCACUAUGUGUUUGGUUACUUGAGUUUCAAAGCAGUUCCACUCUAGGUUCAGACAAGCAACUUCUUCCACUAUGACAUGGUGGACUCCUCUUGUGUUGAAUGUUCAUUUUCUGUGCCUGGGUGCUGCCACUGCAUUAUUUAGGAAGGCAAAAUAUAAUCACUAAUACUCCCUUGC